CGCUGUUCAAAAACAGUCUGCACAAGAACCGCGGGGAAAACAAGCCACAGUUCCACAACUUUGCUACAUAGUGGAUAACUUCGGAUUUGGUAUGUAUUUGUGAAGAACAAUUUUUUUGAUAAAAGUUAAGUAGCUAACUGUUUAGAUGGCAUUUUACGUUUUGUUUUGCCUGUCAGUUGUUUGUUUGCACCAAAACGCUGCAAGCUAAAGUAACGUUAGUUAACUAACAAGCCAAUAAUAAUUUCAACCACAACAGUAACAGCUUAGCUAAAAUUAGUUUAUAUUAGCAACUUUUUAGUGAAAAGUUGCUGGCAAGUUUUAUCACACAAAGGACAUUCCCACAAACGUUUCGUUAGCUUUGUCUGCCACAGUGUAGUUAGUGUAUUUGUGUCAGAUUCAUCCCGCCAAUAAUUAUUCACUCAGCCACUGAACUAGCCAGCUGGCAAACAAAGACUGCUCUGUCUUAACAUAAUACAGUAUUUAUUUUCAAGAUAUUAACCUUUUAAUGUUUAAAUAUUGCCAUUACGUUUACAUUGCAAUGAUCUAUUAUUGUAGCUAGAUAUGCUAGCUAACUGAUUUAUGCAUGGUUAAUUUAGCUAACUAGCUACUGUAGCUACCUGUUGAUUCUCCAAUGCGGGUCACUAGCUAGCUAACGUUAAUACUUCUACUUAUUCUUUCAGUGAAGUUAAAAACAUGAUGCCCAAUACUACAAGGAAGAGGAAGCACUCUUCAAUUGAUUCUGACAGGUGAGUGACAAGAUGUGUAUUAGUAAGUCAUGUGUUAAAUCAGUUACUAAUCAAUCAUGCAUAUAACAUUGAGUAGGGCCUAACAUCCUUAUUAUUCUCCAACAUUUUUUAGUAACUCAGCCAAAAGGCCUGUUACAGAUGGAAGUCACAAAAGAAUGUCACCUCGGUUGCCCCAGUCUCCACUAAAGAUGUCGGUCAAACACCAGGAGAAAGAGAACUGCCCAUCUCCGCAGAGAUCCCCAGCGCCAUCUCCCCUAAAGAUUGCUCUGAAGAGAGGCUCUCCAUUCGAGCCUGCUGUGGUAACAGCGUCCUUCUAUGGUAAACGCAAACCUUUGUAUCUGACACCCCUGGAGAGGAAGAUGCUGAAUGAGACCAAAUCACCUCCAAGGCUGACCACUGUGGAUCCUUAUGGAAUGCCAACCGCUGCUGAAAAGAAGAGGAAGAAAAUUAAAAGUACCAAGGCCAAAAAGGUGGCCACUGUACACGGAAUGAAGACUGGCAUAAAGGGAAACACCAACUCCAAAUCAAGCCUGAUCAAUUCCUCAAAGCCUAGAGCACCCACCAGCACAGAGCAAGUGGAGCUGAAAAAAGGCAUCACCUUGACCUUCGGCGGUUUAAAGCCUAAGCCUAAAAUCUUCAUUGGGGCUGCCUUUUUCAUCACAGGAAAAAAAAACACCUCAAUGUACAAAAAGUCUGCCCCGAAAUCUACCAAGCCAGCUUUGAGUUUUGAGAAAACAAAGGCCAUGGUUCCUGCGUCAGAGGGAAAGCAAGAAAAAGUGCAAAAAGCCCCCUCUCCACAGCGAUGUGCUGUUGUAGUGAACAAACUGCAGGAAGAGCCAGAUUCUCCACCCUGUGUCCAGGAUGUGCCAAAGAGUCCAGAGUCACCCGAGGCCCUGUCACCCAGAGCUAUAGCAGAGAAAUACGGCAUGACCAAGGAAGUCAGGAUUGUGUUAAACAGAUCUCCGUCUCCCACACGUCCAGCAUCCCCAGAAAGAAACACUCAGGUGAGCUGUAUAUCACUGUGGAAUAGUGUUUAGCCUAAAUCUCACUGUCUGUAAGCAUCGUGUAUCCAUACUACAUUUAGGAUAUUGUUCUUUCUCUGUUCGUAGGAGGACUUUAUCACAGAUGCAGGCUCUGAUGCAGUGUUUGAUCUCGGUGAUAUUAGCCCAUUAAAAGGCAUCAGCAGUCCAGUCAAAGGUUGGUUGUUUAUCGUUGGUCAAUUAAUGUUUUUACUUAAAAUGUCUUCAUUUUCAUUAAUGGUUUCUCUCUCCCCUUUUAUAGAAUCCUCAGCCGAUACUGUAGAAUCCUCAGCUGUGUAUCCGAUCUUUGGAUCUGCAUCAAAGAGGUAGGCAAAAACAGUUCCAUUUAUUUUUAGCUAGAAUGGUUCACUGCCCUCCAGGGAUGGUAUUAUUUUCAGUCUUGCACAUGGACAAAUAGUAGUAACUCCACACACUGUAUACAGGUGUGUAUCUAUGUGUAUAUGCAUUUAUCACUUCAUGUCUCCGGUCUGCCUUUAGGCCCCAGAGGAAGGCAGAUCUGGCCUCUCCAGUGAACUGCAGCACCCCCUCUGCCCUUGGUCACCCCCUUCCCUCUGCUGCCAAGGAGAGGAGUGCCAGGAAGAAGAGGGAGACUAACAAACAGGCUGAGGCUGAUGAUCAACUCAUCAUUGUAAGUAAAUCCUCUGAUGGAAACGUUGAUGCUGAAUGGAAACGUUGAUGAUGACCGUUGGCUAUCUCUCUCACCCUGUCAUCUGUGAGCUUUGCUAAUGCUCUUAGCUCUGUUCUGUGUUUACCUCAGGAUGCUGGCCAGAAGCAGUUUGGUGCCACCGUGUGUGGGUCCUGUGGCAUGAUCUACAGCGCAGACAGCCUGGAAGACAAUUUCCAGCACACACAGUUCCACCAGCGCUUUCUGGACAGCAUUAAGUUUGUGGUACGUACGCCCAGGCGUUUCCUCCCCCUCACCGAUGUGUACAAGUUGCUCUAAUUAUGUUGCUUUUAGAGUGGCUCAUUAUUUUUUCCACAAAGCUUUGCCAAAACCGCUGACGUGGUUUAGCGAAAAAAGUGUGACUGACCACUCUCCCUCUUGAUUUCCGACGGUUGCUUAAUCAAUGUUUUCUUCUCAUCCCCAGGGCUGGAAGAAAGAGCGGGUGGUAGCAGAGUUCUGGGAUGGAAAAAUCAUUCUGGUUCUACCUGAUGAUCCAAAAUACGCUGUCAAAAAGGUUUAUAUCAAUCAUAUCAGUGCCUGCGUCUGAAAUGGCACCCUAUUCCCUUCAUAGUGCACUACUUUUCAUCUAGGCCCAUAGGGUGUGUGUUUAUGCAUUUGGUGUGAAUGGAAUUGUGAACGCACUUGCUCAUGCUUAAUUAUGAUGUUUUAUCAGGCAGAAGAUGUGAGGCGACUUGCUGACAACGAGUUGGGCUUCCAACAAGUGUCCCUCAGCUGCCCCAGCCAGGCUAAAACCUACCUGUAUGUGAACAGUGAUAGGAUGGUGGUUGGCUGCCUCAUUGCCGAGCACAUACGACAGGUAACUACUCUCUUCUCCUGUGCUGCUAAACUUUCGCGCUCUGCUCCGAUGUGUCACGCUCCAAACAAAUGGUGAGUUUUUCAGGAAUGGAUCAGGAGUCUUUUACCCCAAUAUGCUGAUGUAAAGGCCUGUGAUAAUGUUAAUUUAUGGUGGCGUGCACGCGAAAGAUGAAGUCUGGUUGAUCAAGAAAUGAAAAAUAUAUAUGCUCAGAGUCAAAUAUGAAACUUUGAUGAAUCAGACGUGAGCUUUUGCGCAUGGUCAUUUCUGUGGCCUGUGAAGGGAUGGUCAUCGGCUGCCUCAUUGCAGAGCGUGUACGACAGGGAACUACCACUGGUCUCCUUCUUGAGGGGUAAAAAGGUCAGAUCUUUGUAAACACUGAGUGAAUAUUCUCACUAUCAAACUAGGUGUAGUUGGUGAGUGAAUUGCUAUCUUACAGGGGUAUUUAGCAGAGUGACUGAUGAGUGAUUGGUCUAUCCUGUCCUUUGUUUCCAGGGCUUCAGAGUACUGGAGCAGCCAGAGCAGACAAAGGACAUGACCAGGGGGGACUUCAUGGAGCACCACAGGGCCUGGUGCUGCUCUACCACCCCAGAGAAGGCAAUCUGUGGGGUCAGCCGCAUCUGGGUGUUCAGCCUGGCCCGGAGGAAGGGCAUUGCCACACGCAUGCUCGACACAGUCAGGUUAGGGAAUUAUUACAGGUUAGGUAGUGCAAACAUACUUUUGAUUUGUUAAACCGAGACGUGAGGAGAACAAUGAAAAUCAGCAAAAUGGGUAUACUGGUUUGAGGGCUAAUUUCAGUGAUAUAUAGCUAAAUGGAAGAUGUCAGGUUCCUGAUCAGCAAAAGUAAUAUCUUUGAAUAUAUGGCCAUUUUUUUAAUCUGAAUGUAUUUCUGUCCUUUUCAGAAACUCCUUCAUGUAUGGGGGUCACCUGACCAAGGAGGAAAUAGCCUUCUCCGACCCUACCCCAGACGGCAAACUGUUCGCCACAAAGUACUGCGAGAAGCCUGCGUUUAUGGUCUACAAUUUCAUUGGUUAACUUAAAGGACAAGUUUGGACACAAUUGUGUUUUUAUGCUGUGAGAAGAUUAUUUUUGAUCAAUGUUUGCCCCUUUUUGAGAAGUUUAAUUUAAAUCAGAGAGAUAAAGGUACUCUUGAAGGUUUGUUGAACAUGCAAGUUAUGGCUGUUGCAGUCAAAUUCCAUUAGUGUUGAACUCAGAAGUAUAUGUUCUCUUCUACAGCUUGUAUAUAGUUUGAAUAAAAAUUUUACUCAUCACACUUCAGAAGCCCAACUUCUUGAC